AUGACGGAAGAACUCACCAGAAUCGAUUCCGCCGUUGCCGGUCUCUCGAUAUCCCCCAAGGACGAGAAGACAGAACAAAAGACCGAGAAGAAGGGCAAGUCCCAUCGCCGUCUCUCGUCGUCGGUCUCGUCGUCGACCACGGGCGUGAGGAACAUCAAGGAUUUGGAGAAGGAACAGAUACCCAUUGAGAUUGCCAUUGAGACACAAAAGACGAAUUGGAAGCUGAACACGGCUCCAUCAUUGCUGGAAGACAAAGAGCACCUGAGCAAAUUCCUCGUAACACCUCCGGUCAAGAAGAUCGACCUCCACUUCCCACUGGGCCUCGAGGUGACUGCCCGAAAUCUCAAGGGCGUCACCAUCAAGGAUGCUUUAGAUGCAAUCUACAAGCAAUACAAGAAGAAGGCCGACGACGAGCUCGAUGGCAAACCCAUUCUCGCUGGUUUCGAGUGGGACCCUGAGGAGUUCUGGACAAAACUCAUCGUGCAUCAAAAGAAAGAGUCUGCCCCGCAGCCCACAGGCAAGAAGUCGAAGAAGAAGAACAAUGAUGCCGAGUGA